AUGCAUAGAGCCUGGGGAGCGGAAUGCUCCAGUGACCAGCAUUCGGAAUCGUAUAUCGAGAGUUGGAUGUGUAUGUAUAUGCCGGCCCGCGGCCACUCGUUGCGACCGCCGACCGACCUGGACAGCGGGAUAACUGGGAUCUUCCCCUGUGUGACGCUCACUUCACCUCGUGGUCACACCCUCGUUUACCUCCUCGCCUGGAACGAAAAAGAGUGGCUGGUUGGCUGGCUGGCGUCAAGGUUUCUUCAUCCCAAAUAA